GAGAGAGAGAGAGAAUAAGAGACAGGACAAGAGGAUAAACCAGUGUGGCAGGUUUACGUCACUGUACACAGUCCAUCAUGCAAAGCUGAUGGGUAGAGAGAGAAACAGACAGACAGAGAGAAAGAGAGAGAGUGGGGUUAGGAGCUGAUGUCACUACAGAGCACUGCCUUCAUUAUGAAUCAACACAGCUGUAGAGGAUAAGGACAGAGGACAGAGGAGGCAAUGGCAGCUGUGUGCUGAAGUCGUGCAUGGGGACAGAGCAACGAGAAGUCAAGAAAAAGAGCAGCUCAGAGAAGGUAUCACCAGGGAAUCAUCAGGAGGAUCGCUAAAAUGUCAGUCGUUUUAAUGCUGGAUUUGUCUCUAAUGGGAGGACUCUAAUUCUGCAAGCAUUCAGAGGGACUUCUUCCAGAUCGCAGGCUGAAAGACAGCUGCUUGGAAUCGCUGAAAUAUCAAGUUCACUCUUCCGCUCUCUUUUUGGGAUUUGGCACUCUCCAGGUGGUCAUUAAGUUUGUUUACUCUCAGACAAUGGACUUGUCCUUGCUCCCUACUCCGGCGAGCGAGUACAACAAGCAGAGGACAGACGCGCGCUUCACUGUCCGCUCAGCCAACUCUCCCUCCUACAGUCUGACUCGCCGGUCAGCUGUUCGGAAACCCAGAGGUAUUUUAGAGGAGGAGACGGAGGAAGCCAGAGACACAGAGAGAUGCGGGAUGGACACUGGCGCAAACGGUACGAACAAGGAGGAGGACCAUACAGUCACUGGUUAUCAAGCCAGGGGUCGGAGUCGUAGUGGUGUCAAAGGUCAGCAGGAGGAGAAGGAAGCACCAGGUCUGAAAAUGUCUACCAAGCUGAACCAGAAUGGCUCAGCAGACAAAACAAUCAGAGAGUCGGGCGCUGCUAACCCCGCACCUGAAAGCCGCGGCAGGACAGAUUCGAGGAGAAACAACCUGUCAAGCAGAAGUAGGAGUUUAGAUUGGACAACAGGGGAGAGAAGCCCUGAUCGGGGCAAAAGGGGAUAUACAUUGUCAACCAAAAGAGGAGGGACUGGAGGCUUGGAUGAAAAAGGAGUUGAAAGCGGGAGGGGCAGGGUGAUGUCUUCAGUAGAAUACUAUAACUCUGCAAGAACAAGUAACGAUGCUCCAGAGGGUCAGAUGUUGGACAGAGCCAGUAGAGGUCAUACUCUUCCCUCUAGGUUCAGGUCUCAGACUUUGUUAGGACCCAAAGGAGGUCAGAGUAUACAAGAGCGAAUAGAGAAACUCUACGGGUCAACUGGCGUUGGUAAAACAGAGGAUGGCAGCAAACCUAAGGACUUCUCCACACAGAAGUCAUAUGAGAGGGCAUCUGGGGGAACCUUCCCCAGGCGUUUCUCUUCAGGAGAGAAAAGUCCAAAGCAAAGCAGGAGAUCGUUCACCUGGGCAGAAAAAGACACCUCAGGUUCUGAGAGUCAUCUUUCUCCAGGGACGUGUAAGACCGCAGACAGUUUGCCAAGGGGACAGUGGCAAGGACAGACCCAGAGCAGCAGGUAUUCAGAGGGGAGCAAAUGGUUGGAGGGUACUGGCACGAUGUCUCUGGACAGAGCACGGAGCAGGUACACUGUCGCAGCUCAGAUAAGAUCUUCGAGGGCUGCACAGUCAAACACUUUGUCAGAAGAAGGGAGAUCAGAUCUGUCUCGACUGAGAGAGCGAAGAGAGGGUGAAAGUAAGGAUCAAGGCUGGGCGAACCAUCCAGAGGAAAAGGGCAAGACCAAUGCAUUAAAUAAUACAUUCAGAGACAGACGUGGGUGGCUGAAAGAGCAGGAAAAAGAGAAUGAGACUGAACUGAAGAGUAGCAGCACAGAUGAAGAUGUGUUCGAGUCAAACCCACAGAAAAACACAAUGAAAACAAUCGAUAGAAAGAAAGUCCCGGAGAGGGUGUCGGUGUCCACUGCAGCCAGCGUGAAAAAUAAGAUCCAUCAGUUCGAGGCUCUGAUGCAGAGAUCCCAGGGUUUGGCUACAGGACAGGUCCUGAUGCCCAGACGGGCCUUUUCUGUUCCAACGCAGCUCAGCAGGGCGCAUGAUGGAGUGAAAAAGAGCGGGUCAGCAAAAGCAAUAGGUGGAUUGAGAGACAAAUGGGAAAGUCUGAAAGAGGGAGAAGAGGAGAAGGAGGAGGAGAAAGCAACAGGAGCAGGAAAGACGCUCGGCUCUGGGAGAUCUUUAUCAGUGGACGAGGCUGGGCUAAGUUUGGCGAGGAGAGAGAAAGAAGGGAAUGAUUUGGUUGAGAAAAAAGAAAAAGAUACAGAUAAAGUAAACAAUUCUGCUGAAGAUUUUGAUACAUUUUCCAGACUCAGGAGCACGCUAGAAAUCCCACUCGAUGGAGGAUCUCAAAGGCGCCGGAGAAACUUUUACAUCGACGAAACAGAUUUCUCCAAAGCCUCAAGCCCUGAGGAGGCAAGCAAGAGAUCUCCGUCCUCACUGCCGUCCAGUUCCAGUGACACCUCCACUGGUGUACAAAAAACUACUAUUGUUACUUCACCUGUCAGUGAUGAAGACAAGACUCCAACAAACACUCCAGACCACUCACCCUUUCGUCCACCCACUGCACAACCGGAAAACCCCACACCUGUUGCUGGGAGUGAAAAGGGAAGCACUUCUGUCCUCGAACAAGCAGCUAAAACUCCUGAUCAAGAAUCCUUGCCUCUACCUCGUCCCCUGGCCACUUCGUCCCACAGCAACCUCCCGGAUCUCGUCUCUCCUCAUAUAAGUCCAAACAGGAAGAAGCGGGUGUUGGAUCUCGAUGCCUGGGUCGCUGGCUUGAACCCAGAUAUCAAGGUCUGGAAUGACGAUGAAGAUGAUGAGGAUGAUGACGAGAGUACACAGAAGGAUGAGGACUCAAACUAUGACUCGGACUCCGGAGAGUCAUCAGUGACCGUUACCAGCUACAUGAGCCAGUCAGAUCGCAAGAGCUUCUGCAUCAGUCUUUCAGACCUGUGUAACUUUGCCGGAGUUGACUAUGAGUCAGAGAACGACAGCGAUGAGUGGCAGUCUACGAGCCGGCGGACUGCUUCGCUGAGCUCCGACGUGUCGGCCCUGUCCUACGUGUCUGUGAUGCCCAGUGAGGAGCUCGACAAGCUGCUGGAGGAUGUCAGGGGCCUGGGGGACGACAACCUGCAGGACUAUGACGAUGUGCAGGUGGUGGUUCUCCAUAAAGACGUGGGAGUGGGACUGGGCUUCAGCUUGGCAGGAGGCGUAGACCAGAACAAGCCAGUCACUGUUCACAAGGUGUUUCACUCAGGCGUCGCAGCCCAGGAAGGCUCCAUAAGGGAAGGGGACCAGGUCUUGUCAAUCAACGGCACAUCGCUGUGUGGCUACAUCCACUGGGAGGCCCUGAGGGUCCUGAGGAGAGCAAAGUGUCGGGAUUUGGGGGUGGUGGUCCUGAGGAGGGGAGGGACCAGCAGUGCCUGUAAGGGAGGAGCUCAGACAAAUGGUCCUGGACCGACACAGGCCGAGGCCACUGAGACAGGUGAGCUCCUGUGUGUGCGUCUGGAGAAGAACAACAGGGAUCUGGGCUUCAGCCUGGAGGGAGGUGUGGGCUCCAGUCAGGAGAACAGACCACUCACUGUACAGAAGAUCUUCCAGGGAGGUCCUGUUGACAAAGUGUGUCCUGGUGACGAGGUCCUGGAGAUCGAGGGUGUGAGCAUGGUGGGGAUGAGACGCCUGGAGGCAUGGACGCUGAUCAGAAAACUGCCCUCUGGGCCUGUGGACGUGGUGCUGCGUCGCCCUCUCAAACAUCCGGAAACAUGAUGAUUAUCAAAGUGCAGACACUGAUGACAGACAAGAGACUAAAAGCCAUCCAUGAGCAGUGACUAAGGGCAUAAGUUAAACAAGCUAUUUGGGCCUGAUGCCAGUUAUUUUUUUUAUAGUCAUUAUAACAAAGCCCUAAAGGAAAUAUAAUCUUGGACUUCCAGGUCAAAAGUGUGCAUUCUUCUUCACUUAAUCUACAGGGUUACAUCUACCUCAAUGCCUUGGAUAUUUAUGUACCAGCCAGAAUUAAAACUGCACUGACGGCUCAUACAUUUAUCAAGUGAACCAACCUUUGUAACUGCUAAGUUACCUGUAAAUGUAAACAUAUCUUUUUAAUAUAUUGUGAAUAGAAACUAACUGCAUUCAGAGUUUAUAUUGCUUUUUAAUAAAUCCUAACUUUGA